UAGAGUCACUAAAAUGAUGUCAUUUAUCACGUGAUCUCAGACGCCAAUCAAAGUUCAAAGCAACGCUUAUCCGGUGUAAUGGCAACCUUCUCGAAACCCUGGUAAAGUGGUAGUCAGUCCCAGGUUGAUAGAAGGUAUCUAGUGGGCUGUGUAUUGAGUGAUCUCAUCACUGCAACGGUAUGAGUCGUAAUCGCCUUGUGAGAUGAGUAACAGAUGUAUGUCAAAGAACACAAGGAUACAAUGACCACAGGAAAUACAUCACUUUGGCAUUAACUUUUGAAGGUACCAGGUUUGCGUCCUUGAUAACGAACCACUUGUGUGUGUGGCAACUGUGAUGACAAACUUAUUGCAACAGAAGCGAUUUCCUUUAAGCCAAAAUAUAGUGUAACAUUUGUUGCUGGAGUGCGAGGAGCAUAUUAAAUAAUCAUGGGGGCAUUUCUAGAGAAGCCAAACACUGAGAAAGAGAAUGAACGUGGGUCUGGGAAUGGGCUACGCUACGGCCUUAGUAGCAUGCAAGGUUGGAGGGUAGAGAUGGAAGAUGCCCAUUCGGCAGUCACAGGUCUACCACAUGGACUCAAGGACUGGUCCUUUUUUGCAGUGUUUGAUGGUCAUGCAGGAUCAAAGGUCGCCAAGCAUUGCUCAGAGCACAUACUUCAUGAAAUUACUUCCAAUCCUGAGUUUCUAGGAUCCCCAAAGGUAGAUGGUAAAUUGAAUCCCUCUACUGAUGCAGUUAAAGAGGGUAUUAGGACUGGAUUCCUUUCAAUAGACUCAAAGAUGAGAACUGACUUUGCAAGGACAGAUAGUUCAGAUAAGAGUGGAUCAACUGCUGUGGGAGUUAUUAUAUCGCCAAAGCAUUUAUUCUUUGCCAACUGCGGGGAUUCAAGGUCGGUCCUAUCGAGGAAAGGCGAGGAUAAGCCAACCUUUAGCACGGAAGACCACAAACCUGGGAAGCCCAAGGAAAUGAAGAGGAUAGAGGAUGCUGGUGGAAGUGUAAUGAUCGAGCGUGUGAAUGGAUCUUUAGCGGUUUCAAGAGCCCUGGGUGAUUACGACUACAAGAAUAACCCAGACAAACCACCUACGGAACAGCUCGUUUCACCAGAACCUGAAGUAACGGUCUUUGAAAGAACAGAUGAAGAAGAGUUCAUUAUUUUGGCGUGUGAUGGAAUAUGGGAUGUGAUGUCGAAUGAAGAACUCUGCCAGUUUAUACGUUCAAGAUUAGCCAUAACAGACAACUUGGAAGAGAUCUGCAACCAAGUCAUUGAGACCUGUUUACAGAAGGGAAGUCGUGAUAACAUGAGCAUCGUGAUCGUGUUAUUCCAGAAUGCUCCUGAGGUAUCCCAGGAUGCUCUCACAAAAGAGAAAGAGCUUGAUGUCUUGCUUGAAGAGAAAGUCAAAGAGGUAAUGGAAAACUUUGGAGACCAGACCCAGCUGGACCUAGUGAUGCAUGUGCUUAGAAUGGCAGAUAUUCCAGGUCUUCCCCCCGGCGGAGGCCUUUCAGCCAAGAAAGGAACCAUCGAAGAAAUUCUGAACAGGCUCAUCCCUAACAGGAAGCAUGAUGAGAUGCACUGAUGUGAUGCUCAAUAUGAGCUGAAGGGACAUCCCCAAAUUCUGUUCACAUUUCUCCCCUUCACUCUUUGUUAUUCUUUAUACUUGUACCUCUCUUGCACCCUUUUCCUUCCUAUCAAUGCAUUAGGAUUCAGCGGAUGAAAAAUGGUAGCCGUUGUCAUGGCAACCAUAGACACCUGUUCCUUAAGGAUAUCUUACAUGAUGCACUACGAUAGUAACCAUAUGUCAUGCGAGACUGCUUCAAGUCAAAUGGUCAAGUCCUAUCCGUCAUUGGAUACUUGGGAGCUACAUUGCUGGUUGAUGAUUUCUAGGAAUCUUAUUUGGAAACAAGUAUAGAGUAAAUGUUGUCAUCAAUUUCAUUCUAUCUAGUGAAUUGAAAGGCAAACAUUAAAUGUGAUUUCUUAGUCUAGAAAGUAAAGUGACAUUUAUAAGGGAAUUACUUACAUUACUUCUAAACCUUGAGGUGGAAGUAGACAUACAUGUAAUUCUGUAAUUAGAUGCACUUCCCAGUUGUUAGCUGUAAUGUGUAAUCUGAUAAGUGUAUGUGGUACAUGAUAAGCAGUUUCAAUUCUAUGCUUGCUCAUUUAAAUGAGUGAUGUAUAGCUACAUGUAUUUUAAAGACAGUUCCAAAAUGAUUUAAGCUAUCUCUUUAGGUAAUUUUACAUUUGUAGGAAUAUUAGAAAUGUUACAGUAAUGUAACUUUAUGCUUCGAUAUAAGAAGAACAAAGAUUUAGUUUCUUCUGAAAAAUUAGCGAUGAAUUCAACAUAAUUGAAUUAAAUUUUGUAUAGAAGUAAAUGACCAAUGGUUUUGUGAAUAAUACAGUUGCUAUAAAAUGUAUGAUAGUAUUGUGAAAUGUGUAUCAUGGGAAGUGAAUACAUAUCUACAUUUAGUUUACAAAUAAUACACAGCAUUGAGGGUAUUAGUAAGAACUACCUUUGGAACAGUCUAACACGCACAAGGUGAUAGCCGGGGGUGUUUGGACUGUUUCAAAUGUACCGAGUGUGGGUAAUUUUACUAAUGCCCGAACAAAAUGAUGUGUAUUAUUUGUUUUAUAAGAUGAUGUUUUAUUUGUUUUAUAAAAUGAUGUUUUAUAACAUGGUUUUACUCCUGACCAGACAUAAGGACUUACUGAUGACCGGUCAUUAGUAAAACUAUGAGUUAGUUAAAAUAAAUGCCUGGUCAUGUGUACGCUCUCAACCAAUCAUUUAAUUAGGAUCAGCUUCAUCAUUGUAUAACAUCAUGUAUUGUACUUGUAUACUGUGUCAAUAUUGACAAUCAGCUUUUUUUUUCUUCAUGUGACAUUAUCUGAUAUAAAUUAAUAUUGUGUGCAGAUUAUUCUCCAGAAUUUUAAGCAAUACAAUUAAGCAUGUAAUAAUUCAUUGCUUGAUUAGCUAUGUAGCACUGUAAUGAAUAUUUUAAAUAUUUAGUUGGGGUCUUUAUAUUUGAUUACUGUUUUGAAGUGUAUCACAACCUGUUUUGAUGUAAUAUGCAAAUGUAGAGUGGCAUUAAGUGGUUUUUUUCUUCCUCCUUCUUAAGAAUAAAGGAGUUGGUGCCAUUUCUAAAGUUGAUUUUUAUCACUUUCCAUUAUAAUUUAGUGAUUGAUUUUGAGUUCUCUAGUCUACACCAUGUUUAAUUACCAGCAAUGGUUCAUGCACUGCUUGUAUAAAGAGAGUGUUUUGUACUGUCAUAUGGCUACUCUAUUUGCAUUGAAUAUAUUUUUGAAACUUGUAAAUUUACACUGAUGUAAUACUCCGGACAGAUUGUUAUGCAAUACAUGACUGGUCUGAUCUUCUAUGCAUGAAAAUCGCAUUGCAGGGCAAAUGAUACUUUUGGUUGACAUUUUCAAUUAACAUAAAUUCUGACAAAUUCUGAUAUUAUGAUUUUGAGAGAAGCCAUUGAAAAACUGUUUUUUACCCAUUCUCAGAUUUUUGUCAUAUAUUGAUCCAUUUGUUAAUUUCUCAACAUGAUAAAUGGCGAGUGUUUUCAUAAAUGUCAGAAUCAAACAAUUUCAUUUGUUCAUAAAUAUUGUGCUGUACGAACAUGUAUCACAUGAUGAACUGCAAUUGUGGUUUGAUUAUGAGGCUGUUUCCUGUACAUGUACACAGAUAACAAAAUUGAUGUGUGUCUAACGGAGAUGCAAACUCAGGCUGGUAUGUUGGUUUCAGUUUCAUUUCUUUUCAAAACAUGGGAACAUGAUGUAUAUGCUCUUGUGUGUAUUUUACUGAGAGAAUGUACAUAUUUUUUGUGACAUUUAGUUUGUUAGAGCCACACGACAGCCCUAUUAAAUGAGUGUAAAUCUAUUAAAUACUCUGGGAACUAUUUAGAUUAGAAGUUGAGAUUAAUGUUAAAAGGAAUGUAAAUGACAUUUAUUUUCUGUAUAUCAUUAUUAAUGUAACUACAUGUUUUUAUAUGAAAAGAGUUGGUUUGGUUUUAGUGGGGCCCCUUUUUCCUGAAUUAUAUUUAUCAACAUCAGGUUUAUUGUAUGGUACUUAAUAUUGUAUAUAAAGUAGUGACUUGUGUUCUGAAAUUUUCCUUUUUUCCUUUUUGUUCAGCUUUUUUUCUUCUUCAGAUUACUAAAACCAAGAAGUUUUUUGUGCUGUUGGUAAAAGAUUGACAUUUUCAGAUAUUUUAUGAUUUGGCAGUAUUUAAAGAUGAUUGCCUUUUUUUGCUAUAGAGAAUUCAACACAAUUUUUCAAUUUCUCAUCUGCAAAGACUAUCAUCAGUGGUAUUUAAUUACCUGUUGAUUAGAUGGAUGUACAUGUACAUGUACGUAUGAUUCAACAAAAAUUCCAAUCCAUAAAAAAGUAACAGUUUUGUUGAAUUUGUUCAUUCCAAGGUCAUCCAUUCAUUAAAAACUGCCAGGCAUCCCCCCCCCAAAAAAAAAAAUGAAGAAAUAUAUGUAGAAAGUGAGCAAGUCUUUUCUACAGCUUCAGUAUUUUGAUGGUGAAUAUUCAAUGACCUGGAAUUCAGAAGACAUUUUCUUAGCAGCCUCUACCUUUAUUCUUCCCUUUCCCUUCUUUUCUGCUUGUAACCUGUGAGGUGCCAUGUGCUCUUGUUUCAGAGUUUUAAAAUAAAAUUGCACAUGUGAUUAUACAAUCCUCAUUAAGAAAUGCUGAAAUAGAUAGCAAGCUUCCUGUCUUGAAAAAGAUUUUCCACCAAACCUUGCUCCAGUCUUUCUCAGCCGUCAAAUGAAACAGAAUAGUUUAUUCCCUUUGAACUUGUUAUGACCAAUUAACCCUGUUUAUUAAAGCAAAAUUGAAAUAGAGCUUUCAAUACAGGUACGGUAAGCAUAUUUUAAAAGGCCGGCUGAAAUAUACAACAUUUAUAUUCCCUCCCUUUUAUCUUUCUUGGUUAGGUUAGGGAACUUAGAAGAACAAGUUGUGCACCUACUGUAGAUUUAUUACAAGAUACUGUAGUGUCAAGCUGUUACUGAGCACAAAAAAAAUGAUCUUGAUAUUUGUUUUGUUGUUUUCUUUAUCAGUUGCAGUGGCUCCAAUUUAUGAUACAAUACACCAGAUGUGGUUCAAGUAUUCAGUUACUUAAAAUACUUGUUAAUCCAAUGUAUAGUAUACUGUGGACCUACACACUUGCCCUUCUGCUAGUUUGUACAUGUAUGGACUGAAAUCAGAUUAAUUGCAGUUAUGUGUGUAUUUCAUUGAGUAGUAAUGAAACCAUUAGAUGUAUAUCACCAAAACCGUCUGUGGAAUUAAGAAUCUUGACUUAACUGAUGCCGUCCACACAGGCCAGGGGCCUUGUGAUGGCUUCUGUAUGGUGAUGGUAUGCCCAGUUUUUCUGUCCGCAGCCAGUCUUGAUGUAUCUGUCAGUUAAGAAUCAUCUUUGGUUAAAUGGUUAUUUUCAGAAAUCUUGAAAUUCUAAGCAUUGGUCUUCAGACUCUUUCAGGUGUGUGCAAAUGGUAUGGAAAAACACUGUUGUCAAGGUAUGAACCGAUGUACAAUACACCAGACUUGGAAGUAAUUCACUGGGCAAUUGUAAAUCGUUCAUGGCAGGAGCAAUAUAAUAUAGUAGAGGUUCAGAACUAGAUGGACCAUAUAAGUUGUGUGUGUAACAAACAUAAAGAGUACCGUAUGACAUCCUAAUAGACCAGUUUCGUAAUCAAAUUUAAUGCCCAAAUCUUAUAUUUGUUAAGAUUUGUGCAUUGAAUUUGAUUGAAUUACGAAAAUGUCCUAUUAAGUUGGCAGUUAUUGUAAAGAUGAUAAGAUAUUAUGUAUUUACAUUCAGUUGAAGUGCUGUGUUGGUUUAGUUUAUUUUAAAAGGAAAUCUGAACCCUUUUUUCAGAGUGGUUCCAUUUUUUUAUUAUUUUUUAUUUUAUUUUAGCAUGGUUCAUUUGUGCUGAGAAUGAUAGAAAAUGUAGAGGCUAUUUGAAUCUUUGUAGAAAUGAGUGAAGAAACUGUAUAUAUAAUAGUAAAACAACAAAUAUGUACUUGUAUAAUCUACAGAAAAAAGAAAGUAUGCAUGUGACAUGUAAUGGGAAACUUCAAAAUUGAUGUCUACUGUCAAUGUAGAAUUUGAUUCAAUGAAUGCUAAAUACUUGUGAAGUAGAUAUGUAUGCCACAUAAAACACUGGCUCUAUAUCAAUGCUUAUUUAUAUUUACAAAUUUUGGAGGUGUAUGUGAAAUUUAUGGCUAUGUCUGAGGUGAUAAAUUUGAUUGAUAUGGAAAGAGAAAAAAAAUGGGAUAGUUAUCGUUCAAAAUGUUGGAUUCUUCCCUAUGUAUUAUAGUGUCAUUACAUAAAGCAAUGUUAUGAUGUAGACUUAUCGGGGAUUAUCACUGUAAAACAAAUGUACCUAGAAUUCUAAAGCUAAUGAAUUAAAGACACGACUUCUGUUGAUAAAUUGCAAA